AUGGGAGACGGAGCAUGCAGAGUCCCUUUCUUUGCGUCACUUCUCUUCGUCCUGUCUGGCUUGGUUGCUGUGUUUAAUUGCCCCGAAGGGUCUUGUCGAUUCAAUACCCUGCGUCUCGCGCAGAACGAGCCGCCGUCUUCGGAUCAGUUGCAGCAUGAGAAGCCAACCUUCCGCAGACCGACCAAGGGCGUGGCGACAGCGGUGAGCCCACCAAGGUUGAGGAUGUUGAACCAAUCAAAAGUGUGGUCGACGUUAUGUGGAGGUCAUCCGUGUUUGGUAUUCAGGCACAUGAGCAAGACCGGCGGUACAUUCGCCCAGGCCUUGUUGGAGCAAGUGGUAGCAAAACCCUUCCUUCGCAUCGUCAGUGACAGAGACACACUGACGCCCCAGUUGCGCAGUGGGAAUUUUAUCUUGGGGACGAUGCGAAACCCCUGCGACUUGCAGGUAAGUUUAGCUCACUUCGCCCCGGCAAAGGCCUUCACGGGUGCGUGGCGCACCAUGGGCCCGGCCAUCCGGCCGAAGAAGGAGCUUUGCGAUCGAGGUUUGGAGAGCUCCGUCUUCCAGAGUUGGGUCUUAAACUCCCGUCGCAAGACGCGACUCGGGCCGGUGGGCAUUCAGAGCGUGCGAUUCUGGCUGAUGUACUUGGCAUCACACAAGUGCCUGCCAAUUGUCCGAGCAUUUGCAGCUAAGGGGCCAAAGAACAGAGAGAGCUUGUGGCAGUACUCAAAAUCGAGCAGGGAAGCAAACUGCACAGAAGCGCACCUGCAUUCGAGCUUGAAGUCUUUUCGCCCGACCAAGGUUGCAGAUUGCUGGAUGUUCACAGAAACCUAUUGGGAAGAUUUAGAGCGGUGCCUGCGGCUCUACGGCAGCCUCUCUGAAACACUGGCAUCUUCCAUUUCCUGGGAAAGGUUCUAUGCGAUUCGCGCGAACAUUUCCUUGGCUCUCAGUGCAGACGACCGCCAUUCUCCGGAGAGGAAGUCUCGGCAAACAAGCUGCAGUGCGUACUUUCAGCAGGAAGCAUUCCGAAAGCUAGAGAUGGAUGCAGACGUGCACCUGUUCUCGCGCUUUGGGUACCAAUGCUGCGGCGCCAGGCAGCCAGGGGGAAACCACAGCUGA